AGUAAUAACAUCAAGAAUAAACACUUAAAACCGCAUUCAUCAGACUCGAAACAAUUUUAUUAAUAAGAUAAUGAAUAAUGAAUCAUCCUAUGGAACCGGCCAUCGACCAUUUGUUAGCGACCUGAAACGAGGAUAUUGGACAAAGGCCAGUGACUUUAUAUAUGCAGGUGUUAGUUUUGGAUUUCGUAUGGAUGUCUUUGCUCUAUCAUGGAUAGCCACAGUGGAAUCAGGCGUCAGCGGUUUCCUGCCUGUCUAUUUAAUCAGCUUGGCUUUCUAUGUGAUUCCAUUGCUUGUGGUUAAGUCCUUUAUGGGUCAAUUUUCUAGCAGUGGUUUCAUAUCUGCCAUGCGUCUUUGUCCCUUAUUUAAAGGCAUUGGCUACAUAACAUUGUUUUUAAAUAUUUGCGUUGUGAUCUACUAUAGCGUUUUUGCUAUGACACCUAUGUUGUACCUCUUUGCGUCGUUUAAACCUAUUUUACCCUGGAGCUGUGAAGGAGCCCGAGCAUGGACACAAGAGGAAGUUCUUCUUUGUCCAACUGCCGAUGAUGAGAAAUGUGAAGGUGUUUGUUAUAGAUCGGUUGCUUCAGUUCUAUACUUUCAAAAUUUAUUUAAAAGGUAUGAAGUCUUUGGAUAUACCUUUCACAUAUCCUGGCAGCUGGCUUUGAGUGCAGUGGGUGUAUGGAUUAUAAUUGCGCUGAUAAUUUUGAUGUUAUCCUCCAUAGAGAAGAUAGGACAACUGAUUCGUUAUACCGUGCAGUGCAUUAUUGCUUUGAUGGUUUUCUUCAUUGUACGUUUUAGUUUCUUACCGGGUACUGCAGCCCACUAUGAACGCAUUUUCUCACCAAAUUGGAAAGAUUUUGUAACGGAACUGACAAAACUACCAGCCUAUGGUAUUUGUGCUUUUGGCCCCGGAUGGGGUCUAUUCAUAACACUGGCCAGCUUUAAUCGAUUCAAAGGGAAUAUAACACGGCCAAGCUGGCUAAUCGGUAUUGGACAGAUGUUCAUCAUAUUCGGUUUGGAUAUGCUGGAGAAGUUUAUAAUGCUACAUUUGGAUUCACUGUCGGAGGAUUACUUCUCACGCCAACGUUCACAGUUUGGAACUUUCGUUCUGAUUGGUGGCAGCUCAAUGGCCGCAUUGAAAUGGCCAAAUCUAUGGUGUAUCCUAUUCUACACCAUGGUGCUUGCUUCAUCCAUUACAAUAAUGGUGCUUCAGUUGGUCUCCAUAAUGUCAAGUAUUUUCGAUGAGUUUACAUUGUUGAGGCAUCAUAAACUUCGCUACAGUACCUACCUUGUUGGUUCUAUGGCACUCGGCUCUCUUUCUUUUUCAUCACUGAGCGUCUAUGAAUCAACUGUCAAUUUAAUUUUGGAAACUACCAUAAAUCAAUCCCUUAUAAAUCUGCUUCUUAUUAUAAUGGUAACGUGGGUAUAUGGCCGUCAACGUUUUCAACGGGAUAUGUUUUUCAUGACCAAUGAACGAUACGCCACUUGGAAAAUUUAUAUUUUAAGAUUUUUUGCCCCAUUGUGCAUACUGGCUGUUUUGAUAACUGCCAUGUUUAUAAUUUUCCUAAAUUAUGUAUUUAGCAGUAGUCAAUCUUUAACAAUGUUCGAUGUAUUCAUCAAAGCGCUUCCUUGGUGGUCCAUUCCUGCUUACAUGUUUUUCAGCUUAUACAAAUCUCAGGGGUCCCUGAAGGAGCGUCUGCUUAAAUGCUGCCGGCCAACGGAUUGGUAUCCAGUAGAAGCCGAGGAUAAGCUGAGGUACGAAGAAAUUGUAAGUUCUUCUAACAUGACGCAUCCUUUGACGGAAUUAAGAUGGGAUGAUGAUGCCUUUGAUGAGGAAGAAACAUGAUACUCAAACAUGGCACAGAAAUUGUUGUUUUGACCAAGAUAACUAGGAUUAAAGAAAAUGCUUAAUAAAAAAUUCUAUAUAGGA